AUAUAAGAUCCAUUUGUGUAUCUUUGUCGAUCUGUAUUAUAUCCGGAUCCAACUGUCAUCACUGACUACUUUACAUAAAACCAUACCAAGAAAAACAUACCACCCAUUAAGUUACACCUAAUCCGAGAUGGAGGCUGCUUCCAGCUUACUUGCAGUGUGUGUUGUAUCAUCAGUGGCAUCCUUACUCAUAAUAUUAUGGGGAGUGAUGGAUUGGGUGUGGUUCAAGCCCAAGAGGUUGGAAAAGUGCCUUAAACAGCAAGGCCUUAAGGGUAACCCCUACAGGCUCCUCUCUGGAGACAUGAAAGAUAUUGCCAGCAUGAUAAGUGAGGCCAAUUCCAAACCCAUGAAUCCCUCCGAUGAUUAUAUUGCUCCUAGACUCCUUCCCUAUACUAUUCACCUCAUCAACAAAUAUGGUAGAAAGUGCUAUGUGUGGAUGGGACCACAGCCUACGGUGUUCAUCAUGGAUCCUGAUUUAGUUAAGGAGGUUUUCAAUAAACAUCAUGUGUAUCAAAAGCCUCAGGGCAACCCGCUAGGAAAGAAGUGGAUUCAAGGACUAGUCAGUAUUGAGAAAGAUGUAUGGGCAAAACACCGAAGAAUUAUUAAUCCUGCCUUCUACUCUGAGAAGCUUAAGCUUAUGCAACCAGCUUUCUUGCUAUGCUGCGGUGAAAUGGUAAAAAAAUGGGAGGGGAUUGUUUCAGAAAACGGUUCUUGCGAGCUGGAUGUGUGGCCUGACCUUCAAGGCCUAACGUGCGAUGUGAUCUCUCGAACCGCGUUUGGGAGCAGCUAUGAAGAAGGAAAGAUUAUUUUUGAACUCCAGAAAGAGCAAACCAAGCACUUUUUGGAAGCUGUACGCCAUGUUUAUGUCCCUGGAUGGAGAUUCCUGCCAACUAAGAGGAACAGAAGAAUGAGUGCCAUCCAAAAGGAAGUGAAAUCAUCGAUCCAGUGUAUUAUAGACAAGAGGUUGAAGGCUGUGAAGGAAGGAGAGGCUAACAAAGAUGAUUUGUUAGGCAUAUUGUUAGAAUCUAACACAGAAGAAAUAAAAAAAUAUGGGAAAAAAGAAUUCGGAAUGAGCAUUGAAGAUAUCAUCGAAGAGUGCAAACUGUUCUAUUUUGCAGGACAGGAGACUACUUCCGUGUUGCUAGUUUGGACUAUGAUUCUCCUCAGCAGAUUCCAGGAUUGGCAAACGCGGGCUAGAGAUGAGGUUCUCCACGUUUUUGGCCAGGAUGAAAAGCUUGAUUUUGAAAAACUAAAUAGCCUCAAAGUUGUGACAAUGAUUUUGAAUGAGUCCUUGAGGCUAUAUCCACCAGUAACUAGCCUGUCGAGGAGGAUAGCAGAGGAGACAAAACUUGGAGAAA